AUGUCCUCCACCAACUCUUCUCCUGCUCCUGCUACUCACUAUGUCGAACUUCGAUACCAGAGACUCGGCUACCGCACCAUUGGCGAUACUGAUGAUGAUGUCGGUUCGGUGGUCGCGGCUGGCAGUCCUCCCAGCAGUGACGGCGGUUCCCCCAUGCAAAUUUCGGCGCAGAGCUCCCCUGCCCGUGUCGCCGCCUCCCCUGGUCGCGGUGGUGGCUCUUGGCGUCGCAAUGUUGAUGCGAAGUUGGAGGCUAUGGACGGGAAACUGGACGAGCUGCUGGUGCUUGCGAAGGAGGAUCGUGAGGAGUAG